AUGUCGCCCAUCGGGAGGUUCGUGCUCUUCUUGACCCUGUUUGCUGCAUGGCGCCUCCGCUCGACCCUGUUCGCCGAGGCGCCUCCAGCUCCUGGUGUCGACUCCGCGUCCGCGAUCGGGAACGCAUCGUGCGUGGCCCUCGCCAGGGAGGCCGGCGUCCGGGCGAAAGGCGGCACGGCGCGCAACUUCAUCAUUUCGCCGCUGUCCAUCCACGCGGCGCUCGCGAAGGUGGCCGCCGGCGCGCGGGGCGACACGGUUAACGAGCUCCUGCGGUUCCUCGGGUCGGCGUCGCUCAACGAGCUGCACCGCGCGGUGGCGACCGAGCUCGUCGGCAGGCUCAACGUCCUAGCGCAGACGUCCUUCGCCAGCGGCGUGUGGGUGGACCGGAUCAUAGUUGCCAUGCCAGAGUUCACGGCCAUCGCCGCGUCGCGGUACAACGCCACGGCAGAAUCCGUGGACUUCGUGUCGGGGGCCGAGCAGGCGAGGCAGCGCGUGAACGCCUUCGUGGCGGACGCGACCAACAAGCACAUCAUCGAAGUCCUGCCUCCGGGCUCCGUCAACUCCAGCACGGCGGUCGUCCUCGCCAACGCGCUCUACUUCAAAGAGGCGUGGUCACAGCCGUUCGAUGUCUCCACCGUGCCGUUCCACAUCCCAGCCGGCGGCACCACCGUGAGCGUGCCAUCCAUGACCACAAGCCGGUCACAGCACAUCGCGGUCUACCCGGGCUUCAGGGCCCUCAAGCUGCCGUACAAGAACGACGUGGAGCAGCAAGCUGAAUUCUACAUGCUUAUCCUAUUACCGGACAGGGACACUGUUAGUCUCGCCGAUCUGUACGACAAGGCCGUGUCGACGCCAGAGUUCAUCAAGACGCACACGCCGACAGGGAAGGUUCCAAUCGGGCGGUUAAUGGUCCCCAAAUUCAAGUUCACGUCCGAGUUCGAAGCGUCAUCUCACAUGCGGAAGCUUGGUGUCACUACGGCUUUCGAAGGCGGCGACUUCUCGGGCAUGAUGACCGGCGGGAAAGGGCUUUCCAUCAACGGGGUGUACCAUAAGGCCACUAUCGAGGUGGACGAGGUAAGCACCGUGGCGGCCGCUGCCACGGCCGUCGUCGGGUUAGGUAGUGCAGGACCAGGGCAUGGAGUAGAUUUCGGGGCAGAUCGGCCUUUCUUAUUUGCCGUGGUAGAGGAGGGGACAGACGCAGUGUUGCUUCUUGGUCACGUGGCUAAUCCUCUCGCUCGCUAA